CCAGGCAAUGGGGAGGAAGUCUAAUGCAGAGGACUGUGGGUUAGGUAUUUAUUCACCCCUGACCACUUUGUCGCGAUUUGUAAUGAUUAGUCUUUGCUUUUACAGUACUUAUUGCGCUAACAAGACUUGACCGGAGUUCCAGGACUUUACGGGUGUAACAGUCCCUUCAGCUCCGCUUUCUGGUGAGAUAUGCGCUGAGCUGUCUGGUGAGAUAGGCGGUGAGCGGAGAGAGAGAGAGUGAGUGAUAUAGGAGAGUCCUAUGGCUCCAUUGCAGCUGGCGGUGUACUUGCGGCUCGCUCUCAUAUUCUUCUUCACGGCGUUUCUUUUCUUCCUCGAUGUCUUCACUGUCAGCAGAGCAGCCUCCUCGUGCGCUAACGUCCCCAGUCAGUUACCGACCAAGAGUCGAACCGGAGGAGAUGAAGUCUCUUCUAGUAGUGCGUGCAAACAGAACCGCACUCCCGGAGAGAUGCGCGAGAUGAACGUGUCACUUAUAUCGGUAUUGUUACCGACACAGGAUGAGAUCACGCGGGGGAACGACACGGAUAGAGAUAAUGGCAAAGUGUGUUUGGAUCCAGUGGUGUUGUCGUACAGUCAGACCAUGUACAUGGCUGGCCUUCUGCUGGGAUCUCUCUUUGGAGGAUCUCUCUCUGACAGGUACGGUAAGCGAGUGGUACUGCUGGUGUGUGUUUGUGUCCAUGCUGUGACUGCUGUGCUGCCGGCAGUCCUUCCUCACGCCAUCCUCUUCCUCACCCUGCGCUGUCUGGCCGGGGUCUCCUGCUGCUGUAUCAAUAUCUGCAGCUUCAGCCUGGGUGUGGAAUGGAGUCUUCCCAGGUAUCGUAUUUGGCCCCCGGCCCUCCUGUCCUUCUCCUUCAGCCUGGGUAUGAUGGCGUUGGCACCGCUGGCGUACCUUACACACACCUGGACACAGCUACACCUGGCUCUGGCUAUACCACAGAUCCUCUGUCUGCCUCUCUACUACUCCAUUCCUGAGUCUCCUCACUGGUUGCUCCUGAAGAAGAGGCUGGACACUCUGGAGGAGUACAGGAGACACAGUCCUGAGGACAAACGCUGUCUAGACCUGCUGUUGGAGACAGAGGGGAAGGACCUGCAACAAGUCCCCCGGGACACAGACACACUGGAGACUGGCACACACAUACCAAAGGCAGACACGCAAACCCAGGAGGGAAACACACUUUCCCACUGCGGACACAUGAGAUGUCCCACCAUUCUACUGCGCCUGGUCAUCAUGAGUUACAUUGGGCUAACGUCAGCCCUGACGUACUACGGUAUCUGUCUGAAUGUCGGGCGUUUUGGGGUGGAUGUCUUCCUGGCUCAGUUCUUCAGCGGCCUAUCAGAGGCACCCUGCUUGCUCGUCCCAUUCCUAUUGGCCCGCUGUGGCAGACGCCCAAUCAGCAUGCUGUCCCUGCUCCUCAGUGGCUCCUUCUGCCUGCUGUCCCUGCUCGCAUCACGCUUCUACGCUGUCCCAGGGUUGGUGAUGGCUCUGGCCCUGGUGGGGAAGCUGUGUAUGCAGACCAGUGUGUUUGUGUCUUUACUCUACGGCAUCGAGCUCUUCCCUACACUCAUCAGACAGAAGUGUGUGGGCUUGGUGUGUCUGUUUUACAGAGUGGGGUGUAUCCUCAAUGCGGUGGUCAGUCCUAGAGGAGAAACCAUCCCAUUGGCCGCUAUGAUUCUUUAUGGGAGUGGCCCCAUUGUCGGGGCGGGACUGUGUCUGUUGCUACCGGAGACGAGCGGUGUGCUGCUCCCUGAUUCGCUGGAGGACUGUGACAGACAACCCAGGCUACACCUCCCAUUAGCCUGGUCAUCAUGCUCCACAAGGCGCUCAGUGGACACCCCAGCUGACAAGGCCUGUCCGUUCCUGGGAGACACAGACCCCGAGAAACCCUCCCACCACCCACAGGAGCCCAACUCAAAUGAAAACACUCUGCUCACACACACACAUGCUGUUGAUACAUGUAUUUAAAAGGUCCAUGGAGCACUGAGAUACUAGCCGAACAGUGUCCAAUAAGUUCUAAUCAUUUUUUUGUUACGUUGUGCCCAACUGAACAUGACCCUGGUUUUACGGUUUAAACUUUAAAUCUGUGUGAUCUCGUCUGUCCCAGCCUGUGGAGAACAUUCUUAGCUCCCUAUAAAAAUCUGCAUUCUCCUUCGCUUGAUUUUGUUUCCCAAAUUUCGUUGAAUUUUUCAAUAGUUUUCUCUCAGAAGCACACCUUUUUAAAUAGAACAUCCCGUUGUUAUUUUCCUAAGUGCCACAACAAAGCUUAAAACAACUUUUGAGGAAAAAAAUCUACGAAACGAGAGACCUUUGUUUGGUUAGCGGUGUUUCUGUAGCGCUCAUGUGAUGCAGAGUUUACGAAACAAAAUGGCUACUGGAUUGAUGUACAUAAUCAUGAGAUCAUUCUGCCAGGUAGGCAGAGGCUGCAUUGUAGUUCACAUUUCAUUGUGAAGUUGUUUUUUUCUUUUCGGAAAAGCCUUCCGAUCUAUCAGUAGACGGUUAUUAUUAGCAUCAUCGCUAACGGCUGCACAAAGGAGCACCACACAACACACACAACACACACACACGGGCUUUCCUGUGCCCUUUCAGAUAAUUGCGGGAAAAUACCAAUCAUUGAUGCACUUUAAUGUCACAUAUUUUAAAUCUUCUUAGGGACAGCCCCUUUAAAAAAAAAAUCACCUAAAACAACAUACCCAACUCUAUCUGUCUGUAGCUCAGGACCUGAAACAAGGAUAUGCAUAUUCUUGAUACCAUUUGAAAGGAAACACUUUGAAGUUUGUGGAAAUGUGAAUUGAAUGUAGAACAUAAAACUAUAGAUCUGGUAGAAGAAAAUACAAAGAAAGAAAACAACCAGUGUUCGUUUUUUUACUACGUUUAUGGUGAGAUUUUCACAAUUUACUUUCUUUGCAAAAUGAACGAGUGGAAAUACAAAAAUCGAUUGUGCAGUAUGGGUAUAUGGACCUUUUUAGGAUAUGAAAAACGAUUUUAUCUAAGACAAUGACACUUCAUGUUCAUGUAAAAUGUCUGGGACACUUUGGAUGAUAAAUCAGAGCAAGAUUUCAGAAUGUAAGUCCACAUUUCACCUUCAGCCUAUCACGUUGAAAAAAGUGUUUUGUUGGAGCUCUCAAACAAUAGCAUGGCAUUUUUUCCCACAGUAAUAGCUACUGUGAAUUGGACAGUGCAGUUAUAUUAACAAGAAUUUAAGUUUUCAGCCGAUAAGAAACUUCUAUGUUCAGACAUUUGUUGUUCCUCUAAAAUCUGCGAUCUUGAUAUGAUUUUACAACUGUCCCGUUGACGGAACGCCGAUCCUUAUUAACUUGGGGAAAUAAAAUAAAUUCAAGAAAUGCUUGAAUAUUGUCGAAUUCCAUUUUAGAAUGUCUGGAUUCCGUGAUUCCAUCUGCAAGGCAGAUUUUAUAGGGCCUUACUUUCUUUAAAAGGCCCAGUGGUGUCACAUAUUCCGUUUUCCCUGUGUUUUGUAUCAUAUAGUAUAACAGCUGAUGAAACAAACACGAACACUGUAAAAGUGUGAAUAUGUUUUAUCAGUGUUAUGACUUCAAUCAGCAGGUUUGUAUGGGUGGGAGUUUUGGCAUUCCAUGGCGACAUCACCAUGUGGUAAAUUGGUUAACAGACCAAUAACAAAAGAGUUCCAAACCUCUCUGCCAAUAACAGCUACUGUAGUUUUCAGUUCACACUCAAGACAGUCCGAAGAAAAUUCUUGCUUGACAAUUUUUUUUUUGUUGCUAAAAAAACAAAAACAAUUUUUACUACGGUAAUGUAAUUGUUAACCAGAAAUGAUUUGAUAUUGAAAGACUGCCGCAUUGGACUUAACAAACGCAGAGCUGUGUGUGUGUGUGUGUGUC